CGGCCAACGGGAUCUUCUGUGUGCCAUAUCUGUGCCCAUCGGGCGAAGUAUGUAGGGGGGUACGGCUCCGUUAUGGAAGGGAAUAAAGAAGAAAGCAAGCGUUGUAUUCAACUGGCACAAACGUACAUUGCGCAGGGACAUAAAGAAAAGGCGCUCAAGUUUCUUCGAAAAGCAGAACACCUGUACCCAUCAAAACUCGCUAAAGACCUCAUAGAGCAGCUGCAAAAGCUAAACGGCACGACAAGCUGCGAUAGCAGCACACAAGGAAACAACCACCACAAUUCGCGCAGUGCGUCUCCUCAGGGGCAGCCUGGUUCGCCAGGGGCACGGUAUCGAGCUCGGCCUGUGGGACGUGACAGUUCUGAAGAGCGCCGAGCAGUCGAUUAUACCAAGGAGCAGCUGGAGGCAGUUCGAAGAACGAAGUUGUGCAAAGACUACUACGAAGUGCUCUGCGUGAGUCGGGAUGCAGAUGAUGAGUUGCUCAAGAAGCAGUACCGUAAGCUGGCACUACAAGUGCACCCCGACAAAAACAAGGCUCCUGGAGCAGGCGAUGCCUUUAAGGCGAUCGGAAAUGCCUAUGCUGUGCUCAGUGACCCCGAGAAGCGGAAGCUGUAUGACUUGAAUGGCAACCGACCACCUCAGCAGCAGAGCUACACUGGUGACAGCUAUGACUACAGUCGGGGCUUUGAAGGAGACAUAUCUCCAGAGGAGCUUUUCAACAUGUUCUUCGGAAAUGCCUUUUCAAGCAAUGUCUAUGUACGAAGAGGCCCACGGUUUCAGCAUCAGAGGCAGCAGCAUGGCCAUGCGUCAGCAGAGGCACAUGCAGAUAGCAGUUACAGUGUGCUGCUGCAGAUGAUGCCCAUCAUAGUGUUGGUGGGAAUGUCUCUCAUGUCCAGCUUCCUUGUCCAGGACCCCCCUUACAGCCUCGUCAGAACAGCGAAACACCAGUACGAGCGAAAGACUAUGAAUUUGCAGCUGUCUUACUAUGUGAAAGAGAACUUCAUGGCAGAGCACAAGAGCAACAUCUACCGAAUAGAGAUGGACGUGGAAGCUGACCACAUAGCGAACCUACGGAGCUCCUGUUUCCGGGAGAAGAACUACAAUGCUGUCAAACAAGGCAUUGAAUCUGAAGGGCAGUACAUGCCAUGGAGGAAAAAUGAGCAAGAAGAGAGCCUGCUUUGGCGAGCCAAGAGCCUACGGGACGCCAGCUUGGAAGAGCGGGCUCUGGACUACCAGAUGCCAUCGUGUGACCGGCUGGCCCAAUUGUCACGCAUGCGUGUCUGACCCUGCUGCAGUGGGUGCACUCCCAAGCCAGGUCCUCCCUGUGUCGGCCCCCGAGAAUACACAGAAGCAGUUGCCACUAUUCUGUUAUGUCCCCUUGCAUCUUCUCCAGCUGUUCCUUUUCCUCCUAAGCGCUUGUUCGUGUACAUACAGAGAUUGCAUUGUCUUUUGUUUCUGUUUCAUUGCCUUUUUAUCCCUGCUGGAUGUGCGGCAAGGGUGCAUGGCGUUUGAGGGGACUGCUGGCUGUACAUUACUAUACAUAAAUCGUGACAUUGAUUAUGGUAAGAGUAUUGCAAGAUAACUUUUGUGCAUAUUUUAAGUUUGGGAUUGCCUGCAUCUUUCUGUGAUUCUCUUGCCGUCAGCUGGCACACAGUGCAAAGGGCAAUCGGUCUCUGUAGCUGAGAGCCUUGUGUAAGUCUUCUGUCCAAGUGCAUACUUCGUUCAUUGCACCGAGAGCACUGUGCAGGCUUGUGUACAUUGACAAGUGCGUCAAGGUUUUUAUCCUGUAACCUAUUUGGUGAUGGUUUUCAAGUGUGGCACAGUUGAUCGGGUGUCGAUUGUUGCUAAUUUUAUAUUGUGCACAAUUGGUGUGUGCAUUGAGUGAUCUGUACUACACUUGUUAAUAAGGCAUUUGGCUUUGGUUGCAAGGGCACACACUAUCAGUUAGUAUUUGACCUAGUAUGAGAACAUGAGAUUGUUUGAGCAGGACAUUCAAUAGAUCUCGUGUUCCAUCAUGGACUGUGCAGCUGCCAUAACGUGCAGGCAUGAAAAUAGUGUGUUGCUGCAAUUUUGCAGUUCUUGAUGCGUAUCAUUUUGGCCAUUUCUUCCUUUCUCCCUUCUCUCACGUGGAGAAUUUUCUCGCUUACUUGAGCAUUUAAGUAUAUUCUUCUUUUAAAAAGAAAUUGAAGGGGAAAACUGGUAAAAAACAGUUGUUCUAGUGUUUUCAAUGUGUUGGUUUUAGAUGUGAUGUAGCAGUUGCUCUCACCAUUAUUUCAGACAUGUUUGGUGCCACUGUAGAUGUGCACUGCACCACUUGCAGUGUUUUUUUAGUGUGUGCAACAUAGCCAAGUGCAGUGCUGGGGUGUCGCUUGGAAGUGCUCAACGACACAAGGCGUGACUGCUUCAACUACACCCUGUGCUGGCUUGACCGUAUGUGGAAAACAGUGGUGUGUGUGCGCGGUGUUGGGGAAGGGCACCAGUGAGGAUCAGGAGGGUGCAACUUUGCAUCUCAUGAUAACGAUGAGCAGAUACGGCAUUGUCAGUGAGUGGAAUUGCCUGCCUGCAGUGUCCCUCAACAUUGACGUGGUAUUAUCUGGAGACUGUGCUGUCUCAAUCUUUUUAUGUGCAGUUGGAGUGUUCAGUCUGCUUGUGGAUGCAAUUGCGUGCAGCCUUUUGUACUGCAUUGUCGGAAGACAUAGCUUCUUAUCCUGCUAAGAAGGCGCACUGUUUAUGAAGUGCGCUGUUGUUGAGCUUGUGAAGAAUGCAUUGCGUGUAAAUAGAGUAAUUUUUGGAGUCGGCCACGAAAUAAGUUUACGGCUGCAAAGACUCCAAAAGAGCCAAUUGCCUUUGGUUGGUUGCUCUUUGUUCCGCCUUUUCCCUUUCCCAUUUCUGCUCCCUUUAUUCAUCAGGGAGUGGGGGCAAGUGGUCAGCACCGCACACUUUGUCAUGCGUUGAGUAGAUAUUAUUGACUAGCGUUUUUUUUCUUUUUCGGCGGUUGAUGUUCAGCAUAAGCCCUGCUUUUCGUGGAUAAAAGAAGGUAGAUUGAGAGAAGUUAGGCAUGCGAGCACAUUUUUGAUCAAUAAACAUAUGAUGAAGGUUUA